UAUCGUUACCAACGCUCCUAAUUUUUAUGUUAUUUGAAUGGUGAUUAUGUUUUGUAAAUUUUUCUAGGGUUGUGUUAUUUAACAUUUCACACACCCAGAUAUGAAUACAAAAUUUAUGUUACGUAAAAUCGGUUUAUUCACAGAGUUGUAUCAAUUCUAGGUUUACAUCUUCAUUUGGGUUUUUAUAUUUAGACCGAUAAAUUCACAUUUACUUUAUAUGGGAUUUCAUAUCCUCUGCUUCUGAUUCUGAGGUAUUUGGGGUCAAUUUUUGUUCAGGUGACCUCUUAAUUUCUUUGUUGGAGUACAAUGGCUUUCUUUGUUGGAAAAGAUCCAUCUGAUGUUGACGAUGACGAUGAUGCUGACUCAUCCUUCAUUGAUCCAGAUAUCAUCUUUGAUGGUUCUCUUCCAUUUUAUGGAAAAUCUGGCUCUAAGUGUCAGUUGAUAGAAAUAUCUAUUGAAGAUUUAGACACUUAUGUUAACAAUCUGGCACUUGAUAAAGAGGAUAGUCCUACUAUCCCCAGUGAAAAUGCUAAUGGGAACCAGAACAUCAGAUUCCGAGGAGUCAAAAAUGGUGGAUUGGAAGGAAUGCAUGGUACUUCCUCUUUGGCUAGGGGUAACACCAGUGAUGGAGGAGGCCAUUCCCUUACCAUGAAGCACAGUCCUGGUGGCAAAAUGGAUACAUAUCAGGCUUUGCACAAUAAUGAUGAAGAUGGCGCUUUUAUUGAAGAAGCUCAGAGGUCUCUUCAUGCCUGGGAGAUGAAUUCGCUCAGCUAUAAAGAGUGGAGCAGCAAUGAAGAAAAUGAUGACAUCUCGCCUUAUUUGGUUGGGAUUGGCCAUCAGCCAAGAACUUUGAAAGGAAGGCGUGGUACUUCCUCUAUGGCUAGGGGUAACACCAGUGAUGGAGGAGCAAGUGUCUUAUUUCUGACUAGUGUAAAUUGACUAGUUCAAUGUCAUUGAAUUUUUAUAACGUUGAGUUGAAUUUGAGUGAAAUAUUUUCAUAUAAGAACUAUUUGACCUCUUUAUAAAGUAUUAUGGUCUGUGUUGAAAAUUCAAGAUUAGUUUCUUUUAUUAAUUAUAUUUCCAUUUUGGAAGUUAGCACAUCCCAUGGCCCCUAUGUUUGUGUGUGUAUAUAUGUAUAUAUUUCCUGAUAUUGCUUUAAAGUAGAAGAGGGGCUGUUGGUUGGUCGGCCCUGUGGCAAAAGCUCAUAGCUCCAUGGAUAAGAACUUUAGUUUGAUUUGAUGAACCACACGGGGUACAGAUUUGUUUUAGAACUUCAACUGAAAAAGAGGAAAAAGGAACCGAAUAAAGGUUGUCAUCAACAUGGGGAAGGUAGAGAAGAAGUCCUUACUCAGAGCAUGACUGGUGUUUCUUAUGUAGGGCAAUUUCCAUACCAUGAAGCACAGUCUAGGUGGCAAAACGGAUACAUAUCAGACUUUACGCAAUAAUGAUGAAGAUGGGCUUGCUUUUAUUGAAGAAACUCAGAGGUCUCUUGAUACCUGGGAGAUGAAUGUGCUCAGCAAUAAAGAGUGUAGCAGCAGGGAUUGGAGUUUCGAGGAUUUGGAACAUGCUCUAGGUGUUGCUCUAUGGGUUGCAUUAUUGGUGUUGCUUACUAAAUUUUCCUUAAGCACAUGCUUGGUUAAUUUCACACUCUCUCUCAAUUUGUGCAAAGUGGAGCAGCAAUGAAGAAAAUGAGGACAUCUCGCCUUAUUUGGUUGGGAUCGGCCAUCAGCCGAGGCCGAGCACUCUUUCUUCUGAGCAGAAAGCCAAAAAAAGACAGAAGCGGACGAAAUGACACCAGAUACUGAGCUAGGACUCUUUUCUUCUGAGGAGAAAGCCAAAAAAAAAAACAGAUGCUAAUAGGACUUGUUGCUUAUCCACCAAGUGAUUAGCUUUGGUAAUGCUUGUGCUUCUCUUAUCUGACAUAUAUAUAGAUAUAGGUUUAUAAAAAGUAUCUCUGGCUUGGGUUGCCAUCUAACUUCCUCAUGUAAUGCCAUCAUGUUGAACAACGAAAAUCUUAGGUAUCUUCAAUACUGAA